AUGGGGGGCGUGGUGUCGAGAGAGGCAGACGAUGGCGAGCUCGUCGUGAAUAGCAUCGAGCUGGAUGAGGAGAUGCGAAAGAAGUGGAGAAGGAGUAGGAGGAGACGUCCGCCAUAUUUGGGGGCCCAUCACAUCGCCACUGCAACGCCGCCGGGCAUCGCGCUUCAAAAAUGCUCUCUUAAAGUGCACAAAAAUUAUUUCAAAUCAUGUGCGGACAUUAUUGCCGUUGAAUUUCAGAGAGAGGUGAUUUCAAUUCACAUCGGACAAGCCGGAGUCCAAAUCGGAAACGCCUGCUGGGAGCUCUACUGUCUCGAGCAUGGUAUCCAACCCGACGGUCAGAUGCCGUCGGACAAGUCGCUCGGCGGUUCCGACGACUCGUUCUCGACAUUCUUCUCGGAGACUGGAAGCGGCCGACAUGUGCCGCGCGCGAUAAUGGUCGAUCUCGAGCCGACGGUUAUUGACGAGAUUCGUACCGGCACCUAUCGAUCGUUGUUCCAUCCGGAGCAGCUCAUCACCGGCAAAGAGGACGCCGCCAACAAUUAUGCUCGCGGGCAUUAUACCAUCGGAAAGGAGAUUAUCGAUUUGACGCUGGACCGCAUCCGACGACUCGCUGACAAUUGUUCGGGCCUUCAAGGGUUCCUCGUGUUCCACUCGUUCGGAGGCGGCACUGGUUCCGGAUUCACUUCACUUCUCAUGGAACGCCUAUCGGUCGACUACGGCAAGAAGGCGAAGCUUGAGUUCUCGAUCUAUCCGGCGCCGCAAGUCUCGACCGCUGUCGUUGAGCCAUACAACUCGAUUCUGACGACCCAUACCACGCUGGAGCACUCGGAUUGCUCAUUUAUGGUCGAUAACGAGGCUAUCUAUGACAUUUGCCGACGCAAUUUGGAUAUUGAGAGACCGAGCUACACGAAUCUCAAUCGACUCAUCGGACAAAUCGUCUCGUCGAUCACCGCUUCUCUUCGAUUCGAUGGUGCCCUCAACGUGGAUCUCACCGAAUUCCAGACCAACUUGGUCCCGUACCCCAGAAUUCAUUUCCCAUUGGCGACAUUCUCGCCGGUCAUCUCCGCCGAGAAGGCCUAUCACGAGCAGUUGUCGGUUGCCGAGAUCACCAACAUGUGCUUCGAGCCGCACAAUCAAAUGGUGAAAUGCGAUCCGCGCCAUGGAAAAUACAUGGCGGUUUGCCUAUUGUUCCGUGGCGACGUUGUCCCGAAGGAUGUGAACGCCGCGAUUGCCACGAUCAAGACGAAGAGAAGCAUUCAAUUCGUCGAUUGGUGUCCGACCGGAUUCAAGGUUGGAAUCAACUACCAGCCGCCAACCGUGGUGCCGGGAGGAGAUUUGGCGAAGGUGCCGCGAGCCGUCUGCAUGCUUUCCAAUACCACCGCGAUCGCUGAGGCCUGGGCCCGACUUGAUCACAAAUUCGAUCUUAUGUAUGCCAAGAGAGCGUUUGUUCACUGGUAUGUCGGAGAAGGAAUGGAGGAAGGCGAGUUCAGCGAAGCUCGUGAGGAUCUUGCUGCCCUUGAGAAGGAUUAUGAGGAGGUUGGCGUUGACAGCCUCGAAGAUAAUGGAGAGGAAGGCGAUGAAUAUUAG